GAGGUCGGACAUCUCGCGGUUUGGAGCGUGGCGAGCGCGAAACCGGGGAAUGGGGUGGAGCUGUUGCGAGACGACGAUUUGGCGACGUUUUGGCAGAGCGACGGCGCGCAGCCGCACGUCGUCAACGCGCAGUUUCAACACAAGGCGGAGCUGUGUGAGAUCGCGCUUUGGUGCGAGUAUAAGAUGGACGAGAGUUACACGCCGAGUUUGAUCUCCAUACGCGCGGGGGCGUCGUGUCACGAUUUACGCGAGGUGCGACUGGUGGAGCUCGAGCAACCGAACGGUUGGGUGCGCGUGCGCCUGCGCGGCGUCGACGAUUCCUCCUAUUUACGCGCGUAUUUCAUUCAAAUCGCGGUGUUGGCGAAUCAUCAGAACGGUCGCGACACGCACGUGCGACAGAUUAAGAUUUUCGGGCCGAGGCGCGACCAGGCGCGCGCGCUCGGCCGCUCGCUCCAACUCGAUUUCCAGUCGCCCGCUUUUUCGCAAUACGCCGGCCCGCGCGCACCACCGCGAUCGCGUCCCCGUCACGUACAUCUCUCUCGCUAUGGUUACAAAGUUUGUCUCAGUCUAUUUCGCGUACGGCUCUCGUCCGAAAUCGAAAACCAUCGCCGCGUUCGCCGGGACCUCUGGAUUUCUCGCGUACUUCGACCCCCCGUACAUGGUCGGAAUGAUGUACGGAUCCGGGUGCGCGUACGACUCCAGCGUCUUCUCCCCAUCGCGCAGCGCCUUCUCGAUCUCGCCGAGAUCGCGAAGCGACGCGUUCGCCGCGAACGCCGACCGCACGCGAUCCCGUUCGUCGUAAAAGAUUCGUCGGUCGACGCACCACGACAGCACCGUUCG